GAGGGAAAGAAAGACGAGAGCAAGGAGAGAGAGAGUCCAGCCCACUCCGGUAAAACCAUUCAACUGGUGAGCGAGGGAAUGCAUUCAACACAGAGAGAGAGAGAGAGGAAAAGAGGUGGACUGUGAGCUGAGCUGAACUUUGCAGCUUCCGAGAGAACUUCUGAGAGAAGGAGAGAGAAGAAAGACAAAGACAGUGAGAGAGACAGAGAGCAGAGGGAGGAGGGAAGGUGAAUCUUAAACCGAAGAAGACUUUUCUUUCUUCAUCCAGGACUCAGUUUUUGCUCAAACACUUUUGGCCAAAACUCAACUUCUCUUCAUCGUUUCCGGCUCCGUCUGUGCUCCUGCAUCCGGCAGCAUCACCGAAUCCAGCCCAGCAGCCAAUCAGGCGUCUCCUGCCAUCAUGUCUGUCUUACCUCUGCUCAGCUGGACCAUCCUGAUCCUGGUCCAGAGCUGCAGCUCGUCUUCGGACCCGGCGCCCAAAUUCCAGACUCCGGCACUUUCUCUGACUGUCCAUCCUCAUCACCAGCCACUGCUGGAUGCCGCCUCCAGCUCCCACUGCCCCUCCUGCGCCCUGGCCAGGUUGAGGAGAAACGAAGGGGGCACGACGGGGGACGAUGCGGUGGGACACGAGCGAGAGGAGGAGGAGGCGGCCCAGCAGGAUGUGGUAGAGGCGGUGAAGAGGCACAUCCUUAACAUGCUGCAUCUCCAGGCCCGGCCCAACAUCACCCGGCCCGUGCCGCGCGCCGCGCUCCUCAAUGCCCUGCGCAAGCUCCACGUGGGGCGAGUGGCAGAAGACGGCAGCGUGCAGAUCGAGGGGGAGGAGGAGGCGCGAGGGCGGGGAGGCCGGGGAGGAGGAGGGGGAGGAGCAGCAGCGGUGGCGGCUCGGGCAGGAGACGACGGCGAUGCACAGGAGACAACAGAGAUUAUCACCUUCGCCGAGGCUGGUGAGUCUCAGGGCGUGGUGAACUUCGUCCUCUCUAAAGAGGGAGGUGAUCUCUCUCUGGUGGAGCAGGCUAACGUCUGGCUCUUCCUCCGUUUGGCUAAGACCAACCGCAGCCGAGCCAAAGUCACCAUCCGCCUCUUCCAUCAGCGGCUGCUCCCCAGUGGACGCCCCUCUCUGCCACAGGAGGAUGUCCUGCUGGCGGAGAAAACAGUGGACACCCGUCGCAGUGGCUGGCACACCUUCCCGGUGUCGGCGGUGGUGCAGGCGCUGUUGGAGAGCACUGAGAGCACGACGCUGAGCCUCAGGGUGUCCUGCCCACUUUGUGCCGACGCUGGCGCAACACUGGUCCUGGUCUCUGGCAACUCUGAGACGUCGCAGCGUGCCAACCAACGGGAACAAUCCCACCGACCCUUCCUCAUGGCCGUGGUCCGGCAGGGGGAUGGCAGUGACUCGCGCCGGCGCAGGAAGCGAGGGCUGGAGUGUGAUGGGAAAGUCCGCGUCUGCUGCAAACGGCAGUUCUACGUCAACUUCAAAGACAUCGGCUGGAACGACUGGAUAAUCGCGCCGCCUGGUUACCACGCCAACUACUGCGAGGGCGAGUGCCCCUCCCACGUGGCGAGCAUCACCGGGUCCACAUUGUCCUUCCACUCCACCGUCAUCAGCCACUACCGCAUGAGGGGCUACAGCCCCUUCCAGAACCUGAGGUCGUGCUGCGUGCCCACUCGGCUACGAGCCAUGUCCAUGCUCUACUACAACGAGGAGCAAAAGAUCAUCAAGAAGGACAUCCAGAACAUGAUCGUGGAGGAGUGCGGCUGCUCGUAAACCUGAGCUGGACAGGAUCGAAGAGGAGAGGGACCUCUAAACCCAGAGAGAGAGAGACGGGGGGAACGUGGAGGGAAGAGAGAAAGAUGAAGAGGUGGCUCCAUGAUCAUCAUGUCACUUUUAUCUACUGUGUGUCAGUCUUCACCUCCUCUCUCCAGCCCUCUGUCACUCCGGGUCGAUCUCUGGGAUAAAAACUCUUCUCCAGACUCGUUCAGCAGAACUCAGAGAGAGUCUUGAUGGCACUUUCAGAAAAAAAAGAAAAUAAAAAAGAUAGAAAAAAAGAAUAUCUAAUAUAUUUUUGUUACAAUCGGAGGGAGCGAGGCUUAUUUAUGUGGCUGAGACGUUCAAGCACCACUCGACCAGUCAGACCUUGGAGAGACAAGGUGCCUGAAAAACUAUGAACAAAAAAAACAAAAAAACAAAAUCUCAAAACUAUGCAACUUGUUUCACGUAUUAUGAUCUUAUAUUAUUUUACUUUGAUUUGUUUUUGUUUCCCAACGGUUUACUUUUUAAAAAUGUACAAGGAAGAAAGAAGAAGACUCUUUUUUAUUAUUUUUUUUUUUGAAGUAUAAAUUUGUGUGUGUGGUUGUGUGUUUGUUUUUGUCCACGCAAGUGUGAAAAUAUGUAUGUCUGUCUGUGUGUCGAGAGAUACUUGAAAGAAACAAGUUGGCCUGGCUGCUGGAACCAAACACUUCUUUAUGUUACCAUGGUUACCAUGUUGGUGUUAUAAUUAUUAUUGUCAGUAUGUAUAUUAAUAAUAUUAUUGUUAUUGUUAUUAAUAAUAUUUGGUUUGGCUGCAUUUGUGUUAUUACGUCUGUUUUUUGUUUUUUUUAAAGGAACGUUACAAACGUUUUCAUGUUUUGCACUAUAGCGACACUCGUGUUCAGAUUAGCCUCAGAGAGGACAGACUGGAGCUUCCUGUUCAGGGUGGACUCCAGUUUACAGGUGUGAAAGUUCCCAGGUUUGACCAGCACGAUAAGCUGAGUGUUGUUCACACAUCGUCAUACGUCGCUCUGGGCUCACAGUCUCCAAAACACACAAAAUAUGUCACAACGCCUGAAUUGUGGGUCACUGCCAGAAAAAAGUUGGUCACCCGUGCUGAGUGUGAUCGGCUGAUGUGUUGUGUUGUUCUCACUUUUUAGAACCGAGGCAGCAGCAAGGAUUUUGAAGUACGGGGGCAGUGAGCAGGGAAAACCACAUCUACUGAGACACUAAAAAUAAAGUGUCUGAACUUACCAAACAACACUGUUUGGAUUUGUAUUGUAACUGUAAUUUUAUUUCCUAAAACUGAGGUCUAAUGCUGUUGCACAACACUCGCCAAACUGCCAUAAAUAAAAAGUAGAUUCUAGAAUAAAUACAUCAUUCAUUUCUAUUUAUCUUUGUUGGCUUCAAAGUAAUCAAAUAAAUAUUAAAUUGAUGAACAUAUCAAGUCUAAAAAUACUGGAACAAUAACACCCACCACGCGCAAGUUUUCAAUAGUAAAAUGUAAACUCCACCUAUGCUGCGAAACCUAAAUAACAGCUACAACUUUAAUGAAUAUUUCUUUAUAUUUUAAUAAGAUCUUUAGAAAAUGUUAAACAGUUGCAGACAGCUAGUGGCCACUGGAGGAACUGCAGGUGAAGUCCUUUUAUCUGAUUGGAUAAAUCACCAAGUAACAUGUUGGUGAAAUUUAGCGAUGUGAGUUAGCACCUGAUGCUAACAACUUUUAGAUGAAACAUUUGACGCCUGUGUCGAGCUGAAUGGUUAGAGCUUGUAGAACACGGUGCUGAUAUCAGCAUUAACCUGCUGAAUGAGACCCAGAGAGCUGAUUAACUAACAGUAGCACUGGAGAUCACCAUGAAACGUCAGGAACUUCCAGUCUGUCCGGUCAGAUGCUACGAGGACUUUUACUUCAAUGGAGAAUAAAAGGCACUUAGAAGAAGAAAAAUGUUUUUUUGGCUCAUGAUUAAAAAUCCAAAAUGGACUAUUCUGGGACUGACUGAUCGAGCAAAGACACAAAAACAGAACAUUAUUAAACAUUACAAAUAAACACUCAGAUGUUUUCCAGAUUUAGUAAGAGGUUUUCAGAGUGACACGUUAAUUCAGAUCUUUCUUUUAAGGAAUCCCUCAAAACAUUUUACUCUGUAACUGAUCGCAGACAGCCUGGUGAUUAUUGGAGGGGAAGGGGUUAUGUGAGAUGGAAACGUCUUAUCAAAACUGCCUUAAUCUAAAUCUCAACCAAUCUUAAUAUCUCACAGAUUAAGGGUUUAUGAAGAGGCACCAAAGUAGCUUACACCUUAAACUGAGUACAAAUGAAGGUAAUCAGUUGGAUGACUGCAACAAUUAUUUUCCUUUUCAAUUAAUCUGCAGGUUAUUGUUUCGAUUAAUUGGUUUGCUUAUUAAAUGUCAGGAAACUGUGAAAGGUGCCAGCUAUAAUUGCCCAGUAAUUACUUGUUUCAUUCACCAAUUCAGUUUACAAUCAGAUAAACAAAAACAGCAGAUUAUCCCAUCUGAGAAGCUUUAACCAGCAAAUGUUUGAAUUUGUUCUAGAAAAAUGACGAUUACUACAAAUCAGUUUCAAACAAAUCAUUCUGGGCAAAAUGAAGAGUCUUUUUUGACAAGAAUAAUUAAUAAGGACGUCAUCAACUCAUAAAUAAAUCCCUUGACACACUUUGAGGCUUUGACAUUUUUUACCAGCAGUUUACCUGGAGUUUAUGCAGAUAAGUGAUAAAAUGUCAAAAUGAAAUCAAUGACUCGCGCUGCAUCAGUGAUUGUGUUAUUUCACUUUCUAAGAUGAUUUCAUUUCAUCCAUGACUUUCCGAAGAAAAGACGAAGGUUUCUGUUCCGGAGAAAACAAACAUCCUGUGUCCAGUUUUAGUUAGAACACCAAAGAGCCGAGUUUGUACAAUUUGUUUGUGACAAAAUAGUUGAAGUUUAACUUACAUUCAAUGCUGAAAAGAAAAAAAAUUAAAUAUCUAAUUUACAACAUGAUUCAUGUUCAUUUUCUGAGAAAAAAAUAGAGAAAAGUCUUUGAAGUUCAUGACUCUGUAAAAACAGUGUUUGUCCUAAAAGUUCAACUUGCUUUGAUAAAGAUGAUUGACUGACAUUUUUUAUGCUUUAUAGUUUUUGUUUCAUAUUAGUUUUUGGACAUUUUGGAGGAAAAUGAUUCAGUUUUUCUUUUGUUUGUGAUGUUUUAUUUCUGACUUUCUCACCCUGCACCAUAAGAACUCCCUUUCCCACAAUGCCUUAGUAUUUAAUUUAUCUCAUCACAAACUGAAAAAGACAAUCCACUGUCGUCUUGUUAUGUUUUGGGAAGAAGACAAAUGUUGUCCAAUCGGAUUUCUGAGUGUUUCUGUGUCGUACGUGUUUAUAUCAGUAUUGUCGACUUGUUCACCAAAAGGUUUGGAGUAUUGGUCCCCAUUUUUGAUGAAGUCACACGUGUUAUGUCUUAUUUUUAUUUUUCCUUUUUGUUGUUAUUGUUUUCAAAGAGUGUGGACCCUCUUCUUCUGGACUUAUUGGGACAAACUCGUCCAUCCUGUGCGUACAUGGACGCAAACAAAUGUCAGUGCAGAAAAAAAAGGCUCAAAAAGAAGCAAACAGCUGAAAAAAGGAAUAAAAGAAGUGGUUGUAUUUGUUCAGAUUUUGUUCCUUUUAUCAAGACAAAAAAAAAAUACUGACACUGAACGAAGUGGACAAAGAAUAAAAAGUCUAUUUUUUAUUCUGUAUAUAUGGAAAUUGAGAUUCCAGUUUGUUGCAUUGCUUUGUUGUACAAAUCAAACGUGCUUGUGGCAUUUUUCUAAUCUAAUUUAUUUUACUGUACUUUUUUGUUUUGGUUUUCUGCUUCACCAUUAAAGUUUAAAGGAUGUACACGA